GUGCCUUUGCUGUAGUCUUCAGUUCAUUUUAUUUAUUUAUUUAUCUAUUUAUUUAACAUAUAUAUCUAUAUAUCAGUCGUGCCGGGUCUCACUUGCAGUGACGCUGACCUAAACCCACCACUCCAUUUGCAGGUUCUGCCCUCCCUGGAGUCGGACUCUGGGACUAACCUUGGCUUUUGACCCCUGUCACAGGUACUGUAUUGAUUUAGCGUGGGGGACAAACCUGCCAAGAGCCGGUUCGGACAGAAAGAGCGGCGGAAGUGGCUGGACCACAGGAAGCUCUUUUUCUCUGACAAGAAACCCACACUUGUUCCAAGUCUAACGGCGAGUCUCCCGACGGCUGCACUGGAGGAGGGUAUUUCGGGGGCAUACCUGGACCGUUUUGUUGCCUGGGACCAUGGCCUCUCUGUGGGGCAGCAUUGCCUUGCUGUUCGGCGCGGUUCUGCUCAGGACAGACGGCAGCAGAGCCCAGCAGAUCAAGACCAACAUCCCCCGGCUAAAGCUCUCCUAUAAAGACAUGUUGGAGACAAACAACCUGGUGACAUUUGAAGGCCUGGCCAACAGCUCUGCCUACCACACUUUCCUGUUGGACGAGGAGAAAGGCAGGCUCGUGGUGGGAGCCAAGGACCACAUUUUCUCCUUCAACCUUCUUAACAUCAGUAAAGACUAUGUCCAGAUCCCUUGGCCAGCUUCUUCCGUCAGAAGAGAUGAAUGCAAAUGGGCAGGGAAAGACCUCUCGCGGGAGUGCUCUAACUUCAUCAAGGUGCUGCAGCCGUACAACCAGACCCACCUGUAUGUGUGUGGGACAGGAGCCUUCCAUCCUGUGUGUGCCUUCCUGGAGGUGGGCAGGAGACUAGAGGACAACGUAUUCAGACUGGAGUCGUACACAGAGAAUGGUCGGGGGAAGAGCCCUUAUGAUCCCAAACUACUCACUGCAUCCAUGCUCAUUGACGGCGAGCUCUACUCUGGGACAUCGGCGGACUUCAUGGGGCGGGACUUUGCCAUCUUCCGCACUCUGGGCAAACAUCACCCCAUCAGAACAGAGCAGCACGACUCCCGCUGGUUGAAUGACCCCAAGUUUGUGAGUGUGCAUCUGAUUCCUGAAAGUGACAACCCAGAAGAUGACAAGGUUUACCUGUUCUUCAGAGAAAGCGCUAUGGACGGAGAGCAUGCUGGGAAGGCUACGCAUGCUCGCGUCGGACAGCUCUGCAAAAAUGACCUUGGAGGCCACAGGAGUCUGGUAAAUAAAUGGACCACCUUCCUGAAGGCUCGACUCGUUUGCUCCGUGCCGGGCCUCAACGGAAUAGACACACACUUUGACGAACUACAGGAUGUUUUUCUCAUGAGCACAAAGGAUCCCAAGAAUCCAAUCGUCUAUGCAAUAUUUACCACUUCCAGUAACAUCUUCAGAGGUUCAGCGGUGUGUCUGUACAGCAUGGCGGACAUCAGAAGGGUGUUCCUGGGUCCUUAUGCCCAUAGAGAUGGACCUAACUAUCAGUGGGUGCCCUUCCAGGGACGCGUGCCCUACCCACGACCUGGGACGUGCCCCAGCAAGACCUUCGGAGGAUUUGAUACAACCAAAGAGCUUCCUGAUGAGGUCAUAACUUUUGCGAGAGGCCAUCCAGCCAUGUUCAACCCUGUCUACCCCAUCAAUAAUCGACCUAUCAUUGUCAAGACCGAUGUGGACUAUCAGUUCACCCAGAUAGUGGUGGACAAAGUGGAGGCAGAGGAUGGCCAGUAUGACGUCAUGUUCAUAGGCACAGAUAUGGGGACAGUGCUGAAGGUGGUGUCGAUCCCCAGAGGCUCCUGGCACGACCUGGAGGAGGUGCUCCUGGAGGAGAUGACUGUCUUUAGAGAGCCAACAGCCAUAACUGCUAUGGAGCUUUCCACAAAACAGCAACAGCUAUAUCUGGGCUCAGCCAUCGGCGUCUCCCAGAUGCCUUUGCAUCGCUGUGAGGUGUAUGGGAAGGCAUGUGCUGAAUGCUGCUUGGCCAGAGACCCUUACUGUGCGUGGGAUGGUACUGAGUGCUCCAGAUACUUCCCUAUGGCCAAAAGGAGAACAAGAAGGCAGGACAUCAGGAAUGGAGAUCCACUCACACAGUGCUCAGAUCUUCAGCAUCAUGAUGAGCUGACUGGGCAGAGCACCCUGAUGGAUAAGACAGUGUAUGGCGUGGAGAACAGCAGCACCUUCCUGGAAUGCAGCCCCAAGUCCCAGAGAGCCCUCACCUACUGGCAAUUUCAACGACCGACUGAAAACCAAAAACAAGAGAUCAAAUCAGACGAGCGUUUCAUACGUACAGACCAGGGCUUGCUGAUUCGCAAUCUAAACAAGACGGACUCGGGGAUGUAUCUGUGCCAGGCAGUGGAGCAUGGUUUCAUGCAGACCCUACUCAAGGUCUCCCUAGAGGUCAUUGACACCGAGCGCCUGGAGGACCUGCUGCACCGCGACGAAGAGGCUCCGAGCCACUCCCCCGCCCAGGACAUUUCUUUAGCUCGAGAAUCACCUAAUCAAAAGCUGUGGUACAGAGACUUCCUGUCUCUGGUCAAUCAUCCGACCCUGAACAGCGUGGACGAGUUCUGUGAGCAAGUUUGGAAGAGGGAGCGGAAACACAGGAGACAGAAAGCUCACCUGGUACAGCAGGUACAAUUACACCAGCAGCAACAGCAGCAACAGAAGGCCUUUGUGCACCCUCACAGCCAUGUGCAUGCUCACGGGCUGGCGGCCAAGUGGAAACACCUGCAGGAGAGGCAGAAGGGACGCAACCGCAGGACCCAUGAACUGGAGAGGGCCCCCCGCAGCGUCUGACCUAUGAACCUUGACAUCCAACACCCCAACUCUGAAUCUGAAUGCAGUCGUCCUCCUGUGGCCCUGCUAUCCCACCCCCUACUUUCCUCUACAUACUGAAAUACAAGACUUCUUCCACAAUGACUUUGAAUCGAAAAAGCUAAACCUUGAAAAAAGGCAAUACCCUGAUGUGCUAUGUGCGUGGGCAGCCAUGUUUACAGUGAGCCAAUACAGAGGACUGCAGGAGACAGGAUGUCUUAUCAUGCUAAACUAUAGGGGCAUAUUAUCUCAGCUGGCCUCUGUGGCCCCAGCAUCACAGAGGGACAGUAUCAACUAGCACAAGGACUGGGUAUCAUCCUCAUUCUAUACACAUGACUGACUCUGUAGUGAAAUGGCUUUGUCAAUGGCACUGCGCCAUGGCAUGCUAGCUAGGUGUCUUUCUCAAUGUACAAUUAGAUAGGUAGCGAUACCUUGAGAAUGGAUAAAACAAUGGUAUUGUAUCAAAAAUAUUUGUGGAAUAAAAAGACUGACAGCGGAA